CCAAGUGGUUUAAAUACAAAAGGACUAAACAAAAGCUUUUGUGAGAUUCCAGUUAAUGAUGCCAGGAAAGACCCAUUGCAUUCAUCAGAGAAUCCUAAAGUAGCUGAUGUAACUAUGAAAAGUUUGAGUGGUAUUUCACAUGACGUUCCUAAAGCAGCUGGCAAUGAGGAAAGCCAUAAAAUGCUGACUGAAAAUAGAUCAAGAAGUGAUUUACCUGAAAAAAGGUAUGAAUGUGAAUUCUCAGCUGAGAUAAAUGCUGCCACGAUGCCUCAAGGUGUCUCUGAAACAGGUGUGAGAAAACACGUACUACUUACAUUACCUGAAAAGGAUACUGGAGAACUAAACCAAAUCCUCUCAGAAGCUGCCAAUGGAAAUGCCAGACCAGACAUAUUACCAUCAGCAAUGAAUCCUGAAAGCGAAGAAAAUGGAUCAACAUACAUGUUGCCUGAAGAAAAAGCUGAACAUUUCACACUUGGACUAAAUGAUAAAGGACUAGGGGGCAUGCCUCUGCUCACUUUUGAAAACCAAAAUUUAAAAUAUUUGCUCUUACACAACAAUGAAAUAAAAACCUUGCAUUCAAAUAUAGGUGAUCUGACUAAUCUGGAAAUCAUGUUAUUUGAAAGAAAUACACUGACACUGUUGCCACCAGAAAUAUACUUACUUCAUAAACUGACAGUACUGAAUGUCAGUCACAACCGUUACCUAUCUCGUCUCCCUAAAGAAUUGUCAAAGCUUGUAAAUAUUAAGGAACUCAAUCACUACGACACUGAUGAAUUUCCUUUUGCAUUGGAAAGCCUUGAAACUUUAGAGCUUGCAGGCAACAAGCUAAAAACUUUAUGAGAUACCAUAGUUGACAUGAAAAAUUUGAAGGUACUCAACAUUGAUUCCACUCAAAUCUCAAUAUUCUCAAGGGUUCUCUGCUAUCUUCCUCAUCUAGUAAAACUCAGCAUAUGUGAGAACUUGAUUCAGAGUUUACCAAAGGAUAUUAAAGAGCUUAAGAAACUACAAGAUUUUUCAAUUAGUAACAAUAAGCUUAUAUUUUUGCCUGUGCAGCUUUCCCAGUUGACAAAACUAAAAGUACUCAGAGCUGAUGAUAACAAAUUGGAGGUUCUUUCAGAUACAGUGGAGUAUUUAUGAAACCUUAAGUUUUUGAAUGUUGCAAAAAAUUUAUUCAAAAGCAUUACAGAUAAUCUUUGCAACUGUACCAUGUUGAAACAUCUCAUUAUACAUAGUAAUCAGUUAACUCAGCUUCCUGCUAAGAUUCACAGACUUAAACAUUUAAAGGAGUUUUCCGUAAGUAGAAAACAACUGGACUCACUGGGUGAACAAAUACCGCAUUUAAAAGACCUUUUCAAAAUAGGGUUUUCUGGAAACGCAUUAAGAUACAUUCCUGUUGAAUUAAAAAAUUGUAUACGGAUAACCAAAGCUGACCUCAGCAAUAAUAAGCUCUCUCAGUUUCCAAAUGCAUUGUGUGCCUUAUUUGAUCUUAAACCCUUAAAUCUUAGUGGCAACUCUAUUUCAGAAAUAAUACCUGGAAUUUCUGACAUCAAAGAUUUGGAGCAGCUAGAGUUAAAGAAAAAUAAACUGUCCUCAUUUUCUGCAUGCUUGUGCAGCCUUUCAAAAUGAGGUUACUUGGAUAUAAGUGAGAAUGAAAUCAAUAAUGGUAUGCCAGCACUGGUGUCCAAGAUGAAGGCUCUCCAGGUACUGCUGUUACACCAUUAUCACUUUGACUCAUUUCCUGAAGAACUGUGUUCUUUAAAAUGUUUGAAAACACGUGACAUUUCAGAUAAUCAGAUAAAGAGCAUUCCUUUACAGAUUAGCAGUCUGGAAGUGAUCAAAGACCUAAAUGUAUCAAACAACUAGUUUGCAUCUUUUCCUUCUGAUACAUGUCAUCUUUCUUCGCUGGAGACAUUGACAGUGUGUCGAAUGAAUGGGUGGAAGUUAACUAAAAUUCCAGAGGAGCAAUCUAAACUGGUUUUCCUCGGGGAACUGGACAUAUCUCACAAUGCAUUGAACGGAAUUCCAGACAGCGUAGGGGAACUGGACUAUUUGGUCCAUUUAAUUGCAAAUAAUGAUAUCGGCCAGCUCCCCAAAUUUAUUACAUCACUAAGAAAGCCACAACAGCUUGACCUGAGUGGUAUCAGGCAUCCGAUCUGUUAG